AUGUCGUCCGACCGAAUUGUAGUGCUUGGAAGUAUCGUUCAGGAUCUUGUCAGCUACACCGAUCGUUUCCCACGUCCUGGAGAGUCUGUUCGUGGAAAUGAUUUCAAGUCAGGGUCCGGUGGAAAAGGAGCAAAUCAGGCGGUAGCUGCCGCGCGUCUUGGAGCCAAUGUGGCAAUGAUUGGAUUGGUUGGAGAGGAUAUGUUUGGAGAUUCGAAUAUUAAAGGGUUGACUGAGAAUGGAGUGGAUACGAGUUGUGUUGGAAAGACAAAAGAGUCACACACGGCUACUGCAACUAUCACUGUUAAUAAAGAAGCUGAGAAUAGUAUCGUCGUCACUUUGGGAGCCAAUUUGUUCCUGACUCCAGAAGUAGCUGAUGCCAAUUCCUCAAUUAUUUCCAACUCGAAAAUGGUCAUGUGCCAAGGAGAAAUCGAUGAAAAAGGAAAUAGAAGAGCAUUCGAAAUCGCUCGAAAAAAUAAGGUCAUAACAUUUUUGAACCCAGCUCCAGGAGAUGCAAAUAUGGAUAAAACAAUUCUGGAUCUUGUGGAUAUUAUUUGUACAAAUGAGAAUGAGGCUGAAUUCAUCACUGGAAUCCCUCAAAACAACGUGGAAGACGCUAAAAAGGCUGCUGUGGAAAUGGUCAAAAUGGGUCCUCAGCAUGCGAUCAUAACACUUGGAGCUAAAGGUGUUCUCCUCGCAUCAAAAGGCCAUAACGAGAUUGAGCAUAUAUCGGUGGAUAACGUGGAAGCGAUUGAUACCACUGGAGCCGGUGACUGUUUCUGUGGUACAUUUGCUGCUCAUCACGUCGCUGGAGUUUCAAUGAUCGAUUCGAUUCGUUCGGCUGCAAAAAUCGCUGCUCUCUCUGUGACUCGACAUGGAACCCAAUCGAGCUAUUGGAAAUUAGAUGAGAUCAAAGAGAAACAUGCAGACUUUUUGCCAUAA